UUUUUUUUAUUUAAUUUUCCUUUUGUAGACUAUACUAAUCCUCAACAUCAGCAACACAACAUGGGUAAUAAUGCUAGUGUCGGUGUAAGAAUUUUUAUUUUUAAUAUUUCGGGUAAUUGUGCAUGUCGACAUUGGCAAAUCAGGACAACCCUAGGAUAUAACACUUCGUAGUCGACAGGACUUGACAAAUGCGGGCAAAGCCCAAUUAUUUGUUAUGUCCGACAGUUGUCCAAGAUUUGUUGUGCACGAAAGGGGCGGGGCUUAUGCGGGUAGGGAUAUGUGCGCGACGGGAUUAAGGCAGGAACAGACAAAGGAGAUCAGGGAUUAGUCCACAAAAGAUUUUUGUGGCAUUUUAAACUUUAAAAACUCCUCGAUUUAUGGAAUCCUAGAUUUAUGGAAUUUUAAUUUUUAGGGACAGAGAGCUAAUGUUGGCAAUAAUUCAUAUGAACAUGUACCACAGAGAAAUAAUGGCUAUGAUUCUGUUCCACAACGUACAAAUGUGGGAGGUGCUGGCUAUGGAAAUCCCGCUAACACAGCUGUUGAUCCUCUAUAUAAUAACAACGCUCAACAACCUAGCUGUAGUUAUGGAAACCCGGCGAAUGGCUAUGAGUUCAACAAACAAGCUGGUUUUGGUUAUGACAAUGUAA